AUGAGCCGCGAGGAGUUCUGGGGUGAGAAUCGUGAAAUGAUUUGGUUGACAGCCGAAUAUCAGACUCGCGUUGAGAAAGCCGUUGACGAGGGCUUUGUGAAGUCAGGUCUCAGUCAUCCAUGGAUCUCCACGUCUCCUCGGCAAAAUGUGCCCACGUACUAUGUCAGGCACUUUGGAUCACAUCCUGAUCCAUGUGAUGUGGUACACGAGGACCUGAGCGCCAGGGAAUUGUUUACACAUUUCGAUGAGGAGGCGUCUGAUGCUACUGAGCCUUUCAGGAGGCUCAUCAUUCUGGAAGAUGUGGACCCGCGGAUGGCGGAGAUGCUUGGAGUCAAGCUCGACAUACCGCCAGAGUUUUGGCUUGCGCAUUGCGAUCAAACAUGUCGAUUUAAUCCAGUCGAUGGGUUCCGAAAUAGACAAGGGCGAUCCAAGUAUUGGAGAGUUCUCGUUCCACAGGUUCGAAAAGCGCCUUCGACGGUAGAGCAGGAAGACACCGAAUGUAGGAUCGAAGUAGGGGCUUUCGACCGGUUUAGUGUAGUCCUCCCUAAAAAGAAGGCCCUGGGAUAUAUCGAAUUCUACGGUAUCGUUUCUUUCUGGGGCAUGACGCAUGGUGAGAAUGGUUGGACACUUGUCAUCCUCGUGGAUCCCCGGCAAACAAGCCUUCGAAAGCUGAAGGGAGAACAGAAGACAGACUGUAUCAGUCUGUCGAAUGAUGAAUACACGCGAAGGCGAAUCACCAAAGAGGUCAUCGUCGGCGGCAACCAUGCACCACUCGACGCUCCAUAUGCCUCUGCGUUAUACAAUGAUCUUCGUCGGGCAUACGAUGAAAACGUCGAUAUCAUUUCCGACCUGCGAGAUCCGUUUGUCGCGACUGUGCCCGUUCGAAAUUUGGUCUUUUCACUUUGGGAAGACUUUGUCUGCGUAUUCCAGUCAACACUUCUCGACGAGCUCUUGGAAGACGAAGCUCAAUGGAGGGACUUCAGCGGCGCUGCAGCUGCGAAACGGCUAGAAAGUAGCUCUGAUAUGGACGGUUACCAGCGUAUUGUCAACCUAGGGCGAGACAUCCGCGAAAAAAGGCGUCUCAUCAAAGACGUCAAAGAUUCCUUCAUUGCCCCCGACGUCGACCAAUGGGGAGCAGAUUUUGGCAUUACCGCUUUGACAUUUGGCUCAGUCAUGGAUUCCACCCAAGGUGUUGCAGUGGAACAACAGCAAGGCAUGGAGUCCACCCAAGGUGUCGCAGUGGAACAACAGCAAGGCAUGGAGUCCACCCAAGGUGUCGCAGUGGAACAACAGCAAGGCAUGGAUUCCGCUCAGAGACAAGUCGCAAUGGAACAAAGGCGUUGGAACAAACUCGACGGUAUGCUGCUCGAGGUUGAGGGGACGUUUGGGACAUUCAUGGACAACUUUGCCAAGCGGGCCAACAUGCAACGUUUGUUCGCAAAUAACCGACAAGCUCGAAGCGCGGGGCAGCUGACCAAGCUGGCCACGGUUGCUGUCCCGUUCUCUAUAGUCUCGGCAAUAUUUUCGAUGGGAGGGGAUUUCGCUGCAGGAGAAAGACUCUUUUGGGUCUACUGGGGCGUUUCCCUUCCAGUGACUGGGCUCUUGUUGAUCUGGAUCAUCUUUUCGGUCGAGAUUUCCGACUGUAGGAAAAAGAUUGAGGAUCAUCUUAAGAAGGCGUGGCCUAAGAGGAUGAAGGAUCGCCACCACUGCAAAAAUUGCACGUGCAACAAAGGUUCCGAUGAGGAAGUGUGA